AUGAAAAUUGCUUUUGGUCUUCUCGGCUUGUCCGCAGCCUCUCACUUCCGAGCUGGCAGUCUUCAGUAUCGAAAAUCGAGCACUCCUGGAAAAAUGGAGGUCACUCGAUACAUGGGCUGGAGACGAUAUGCCGAUGGCUACGGCGGAUGCACCCAAGCUCAUAUUGACGCUGGAACUCUCGCUAAUAUGGGCUCUGAGUACAUCAGCGGAAUCGGAAGUGUUUCGGCUACCUACGCCGUGACAAACAUCGAAGACUCUCCAACAGUGGACUCGAAUUCACAUUUCUGCUUUGGAAGUUACACCUUCGAGAUCAAUUUGGGCAGCGUCACCAGCUUCGACCACACCUACAGCGGCUGCUGCACUAUCACUCUUACAGGAGAUAAUGGAAGCACGUUCGGCGGUGGCUUUGGAUACAAAGCUCAAGUCCGAGAUGUCAACAACAGCUCGCCCCAGUUCACCUCUCCACCAAUUUGGUACAUCAUGGAUGGCUGCGGAGGACAAACCUACCACGUCAACCCAGUCGAUCCCGAGGGCGACACCGUUCGAUGUCGAUGGUCAACAUCUAGCGAAUCCCACGCAAUGGCUUGGAACAGUAAUCUCCAGCAGUUCUCCCUCGACGAAGAAAACUGCAUCGUCACCUACCAUCCUGAAUACGAUUUGUAUGGACAAGGAUCAAAGCCAGUCGCCGUCCAGGUCGAAGAUUUCGAUUCUGAUGGAAACCUUCUUCACUCUGUCCCCUUGGGCUUUGUUGGCGUUGUUUUCACGCCAGACAUCGAGGCAUCCAGAAAAUCGUUGAGAAAAAAUCCACUCUACGCUGGCUUGAUCGAAGGAACUGACGACCAUGACGAGCAUCAUGAUGAAGGUCGACGACGACGAUCGCCAGACCAUUUCAGUCCAGCUCUUUCUCGCCACGUUCGAUCAACUGAGCCAGAUCACUGCCUCGGCAAACCGUCUUUUGGUGGAAAAUCUCCUGCACAAGGCGAAGAACGAGUUUGGGUUUGGGUACCAGGCCUCGAAAUAGUUGUUGAAUGGGCCACCUCCUACUCUAUUGGUGGAAAUACGCUUACCAAUAUCUCCCGAUACCAAUUCAGUCGUCCGACAGGAAUGACUUGUUCAGCAUUUAACAGCGAUGGAGAAGCCACUUGCAGGUGGUUACCAACAGCCGAACAAGCAAGCCAAGGAGAACAUCCUCAUUGCGUCGUGGUCUAUGAUCCAUACGGUCGAGCUUCCGAUCGACAGUGUGUGACUCUUCGUGUCUACCCACCAUGCGAUCCUGGAACCGAGCGAGUUGGCUCCGUCUGUCUUCCAAUCUGUAACAGCGGCUAUGAACGAGAUGCUGAUGGCAACUGCGUCGAUAUCGACGAGUGCGCUUCCGGCCCAUGCAGUGCUAUCGAAGACUGCAAUAACACUCCGGGAAGCUACUUCUGCUCCUGCAUCAAUGGCUACUCUGCUAACAGCGCGGGAACAUGUGUUGAUGUAGAUGAAUGCGCUGCUGGGCUUCAUUCUUGCGCUACAACUGAAACAUGCACUAAUACAGUCGGCUCUUUCACUUGUCCCUGUUCCGGUGGUUACGAACGAAACGCAAGUGGAGUCUGUGUAAACAUCGACGAGUGCGCCAGAGGAACAGAUACAUGUAAUGAUGUGACGGAAGUUUGCAACGAUACACAAGGAUCUUACACAUGCUCUUGCGCCACAGGAUAUGCUGCAAACAGCGCUGGAACUUGCAUUGAUGUCAAUGAAUGCACUUCUGGAUCGCAUACCUGUGCUGCCACUGUUGAGACGUGCGUCAAUAACAUCGGAUCGUUCACGUGCAGCUGCUCUGGUGGAUACGAACGAAACGAUGCCGGAGUCUGCGUCAACAUUGAUGAGUGUGCGCGAGGAACUGAUAGCUGUAACGAUAUCACUGAAGUUUGCAACGAUAAUCCUGGGUCUUUUACAUGCUCUUGUGCUUUAGGAUACUCUGCGGAUGCAUCAGGAACAUGCGUCGAUGUUGAUGAGUGCGCUGCUGAAACUCAUACCUGUUCUCCCACCAUCGAAACUUGCGUCAACAACAUAGGUUCAUUCACCUGUCCAUGCUCGACUGGCUACGAACGAAACGAUGCUGGAGUUUGCGUCGACAUUGACGAGUGUGCCCGAGAAACUGAUACCUGCACUGAGACUAUUGAAACCUGUGUCAACACAAUCGGUUCAUUCGAUUGCCCAUGCUCCAGCGGAUACGAGCGAGGAGCUGACGGAAUUUGCGUUGAUAUCGACGAGUGCGCCCGAGAAAUCGACACCUGCCACCCAGAGAAAGAACGAUGUGACAACUUGAUCGGCUCUUACGAAUGCAUCUGCUUGCCUAUGUCCUACGACGACGCCAUGUCAACCAUCCGAGACUGGAUCGCAAUGACCCACGAAGUUGUUGCUGAUCACGGCCGAGCUUUCAAAUUCCGAGUCCGAACUGACAAACUUCUUCGAAACGCCCUUCUUAGCUACGAUGCCAACUGCACUACCGCCUACGACACUGACCGAAUCGGUAAGAACGACUUCGCCAUCUGGGAAAAGCAAGCUGUCCGAUCCGAAGAUCACUGCACUCAAGCUACGACUGUCAAGGCUGGCUUGAACGCAUGGGUUGACAACUACGCUUGCAUGGACAAGAAAACGAGCCGACAAACUCACCGAGUUUCUAAGUUUAUUGAAAAAAUCACGAAUCCUUACUGCUAA